AGAGAUUGAUAGAUACGUCAAGAUAGCAUCAAAUUUUUGAAAAGGCCUCUCUUUUCCUUCUUUCUUUAUUUAUCUAUCGUCCUAAACUCAGCGAACCAGCAUCACGGUGACUCUUCUACUGCGAAUCAUUCCGUAGACAUAUUCAAUAAUUUGUUCAACUUUUCCCACGCCCAUAUCCUUGGUUUCCGAGACGUCCAGAACAAUUUCCCUUGAUAAAGUACCCCACUACCCGAUCUGAACGAUACGGUACCUCUAAGGUUUCUUAUCAACAUCACGAGCACGAAAAAAUCCCCUACCUUUAUUGGUUUAUGUUGAGCCUUGGAUUUGAUAACUACUAAAAGAGUAAUUCAUCUAAGUGCAAGUUCAACGGACAGUCAAGACAGAACCCUAUCGACAUGGCGGCUUUACCAAAACGGAUCAUUAAGGAGACGGAGAGAUUGAUGCAAGAGCCUGUUCCAGGUAUCAACGCAGUUCCCCAUGAGGACAACUUAAGAUAUUUUGACGUCUCGAUACACGGUCCAUCCUCUUCUCCAUAUGAAGGCGGUAUUUUUAAGCUGGAGUUGUUUUUACCAGAUGACUAUCCGAUGACUCCUCCAAAGAUUAGAUUCCUCACAAAGAUCUAUCACCCAAAUAUUGAUAAGCUCGGCAGAAUUUGUUUAGACGUUCUCAAAGGUAACUGGUCUCCUGCACUCCAGAUUCGAACAAUCCUCCUCUCGAUCCAAGCUCUUCUCGGGGCUCCCAACCCGGACGAUCCAUUAGCUCCAGAAGUGGCAAAGAGAUGGAAAGAGGACGAGCCGGCCGCAAUUGCGACUGCUAGAGAAUGGACAAAGACUCAUGCUAUGGCUUAGAUCUGAUCUGGUCUCAUAGUAGAGGAUAUUGAUACAUGAAUUAUGGUUAAAUGAAAGGAUGCGAGCGAUUUUCGGUAUGGAAUGGCACUAUUGCUGUGCGAGAUGGCGUGCAUACAGCGCUGAAACGAUUAAGCGGUUUUUGGUAGAAAAAAAAACAUCUCAAGAUAUUGCGCAAGCCCUUUUUGUGAUUCUAUUAGCAUAGUUGAGCCAAUUUCAACCAAUGAGGUUUUGCCUUUUUUUCGUUACAAAGGGCCUCCAUAGUUCAUUUCUUCCAAGGCUCAAUGUUCGAUCCGGUAUUCGAGAUAUGAGAGAUUAAAACUCAACUAACAAGUCAUCCCUCAUUUGAGAUUCGAUCUCUAUUCUGACAAAUUCCCCAGUGGGAAAGGAGGACGUCAAAAAAAGAAAAUCAUAUGAUUGGUUCAGGACAUUGCCAAUCUAUCUAUCCCCUCUGAUUAGUAUCAACUUCUAAAUUUCUGGCAAGUUAUCAAACUGAUCAAUCAGUUUAUUGUCAAAAAAAAAUGCUAAGAGU